CUUGAGGAACAAUAAGAAUCAGCAGCAGGAGAAACUUGCAUUUGGAGGGGGUGUGUUCAGAUCCCGCUGGAGGAGCCAGUAACACAGAGGAUGUGUCAGGGAACAUGACUGCUGCCGGAAAGGGGCAUGACAUGAUCUGUCAGAAGGCAGUGUCUCUCAUAGUUGACCUCUGUAUGCAGGACAGCCCGCGGCUGGACCCCGACACCUGUGAGGAGUUCCUCUUCCUCAUCUCCAAUCAGGAGUUCAACCACAAAGAUUCGGACAUCACUGUUGGCCUCCCCAUCGGUGUGAUAAUAGCGUGUGGCCUGGCGCUGCUGUUGCUCUCCUCAUUCGUCUCCUGGAGGCUGUGCUGGGUUCCUUGGAGGAACAAAGCCCUCUCGUCAAGUUCUGCGGUCCUCGCCCCUGACAACUGCCCUUCACUUCAUUUACCGUCUCUCCUGCCCAGUCCUCAGCCAUCCGAGGUCGCCAUGGCGACUGAAAAGGAUAAGUAUUCUUUGGCGUCGAUGGGCUUCCUGGAGGCUGCUGUUAAAAUAAGCCGCACGUCUCCCGACAUCCCCGCCGAGGUGCAGCUCUCCAUGAGGGAGCACUUUUUGCGCCGUACACAGCGCAUGCAGAGACAGACCACAGAGCCUGCGUCAUCCACCAGGCAUAGUUCCUUCAAACGUCAUCUUCCCCGUCAAAUGCAGGUUGGAAGUCUGGACCUGGGAGAUGAUUAUGAUGUGGAUGAGCAGCCAACCAGCAUUGGCCGUAUCAAGCCUGAACUCUACAAGCAGAUGACCACAGAGAACGACGGCUCCGACAAUAGUAAAGGCGGCAAAAACUGUGGCAAGAUCAACUUUUCUCUCCGCUAUGACUAUGAGAAUGAGAUGAUACUUGUCAAGAUACUCAAGGCAUUUGAUCUACCAGCAAAGGAUCUUUGCGGCAGCUCCGACCCCUAUGUCAAGAUCUACCUGCUUCCAGAUCGCAAGCAGAAGUUCCAGACACGAGUCCAUCGUAAAACGCUCAACCCCACGUUUGACGAGUCCUUCCAGUUUCCGGUACCCUAUGAUGAGCUUUCCGCCAGGAAGCUCCAUCUCAGCGUUUUUGACUUCGACCGGUUCUCACGGCAUGAUAUGAUUGGGGAGGUCAUAUUGGACAAUCUGUUAGAAGUAUCUGAUCUCUCGAGGGAAACCUCCAUAUGGAGAGACAUUCAGUACGCUACUUCUGAGAGCGUGGACCUGGGGGAGAUCAUGUUCUCACUCUGCUAUCUACCUACAGCAGGAAGAUUAACACUCACAGUCAUCAAGUGCAGGAACCUAAAGGCAAUGGACAUAACAGGAUACUCAGAUCCCUAUGUGAAGGUAUCCCUCAUUUGUGAUGGGAGACGUCUCAAAAAGAAGAAAACCACGACGAAGAAAAACACCCUGAAUCCCACUUAUAAUGAGGCUAUUAUCUUUGACAUCCCUCCUGAGAGCAUGGACCAAGUCAGCUUGCACAUCUCAGUCAUGGACUAUGACCUGGUGGGCCACAAUGAGAUAAUUGGCGUGUGCCGUUUGGGAUGUGGUGCUGAAGGUUUAGGUAGAGACCACUGGAAUGAGAUGCUCACAUACCCCCGUAAGCCAAUUGCACACUGGCACUCCCUGGUGGAGCCUAAGAAAUCCGAAAAAGUGUGGAAAGCUAGAACGGCCAGUUUUGACAGUCAGGGGUCUUGCCCCUCCCCCAAACCUCCUGCCAGCCCUUGAUCAGAGCCAUAUGUGAACCUACAGGCUCGGCAUCCUCGCUGAAGCCCAUUUGUCUGUCUGAUGAAAACGAGAGCCCUGCUACGGGUUGAUUUAGACGGUUCCCAAACAUUGAUCUAAGAUCAGGCCCUACUACAGUAUCUUUGCCCCGAUGUUCCUCAUGUUCAAGCUCUUCCAGUACUUAUGAUCGUCAGUUCAAGGAAGUGUUGUACAAAUACUCUACAAAGCCAACUUGUGUUCCUAGAAUAGCUUGGUAUCGUCAGAGAUGUUCCUUUCCAAUAUGAAUUUUCCUGAAGUAUUUGAAAUCCGUUGCGGUGUUCUGCAAGCGGAAGUUUCCACUCAAUGCUACAAAUGAAGGUCUUUGUGGAUGGAAGAUUAAAUAUUGGAAGUCCUAAGAAUGAAGUAAAAAAUGUUGGUAGCCUAAAUAAAAUAUUGAGGGAAAAGGACAAUGUUUUGUGUGAGUGAGAAAUAGAGAACGCCAACGGAUUUGUCAUGUGCUAUACUACCAACAAACUAUUUUCUCUGUCAAAUCCUUGUAUGAAACCUGUGUGAAGGUGUACUUUUUAAAACAAUUAUCGGUUUAUAGAUGUUGUAUAAAUAUUGUGUGUAAAAAGAGACUGUCUAUGUACUAUAUCAGAGCACAACAAACUUUUCCUAUCCAUUCAUUUCUUGAUGAAACACAGAUGGUUUACAUGUAAAGAACUUCCUGUUCACACACAAAAACACUUCACAUGUAGCUGAAUACAUUUAUGUGAUUAAAACAAUAUUCAUCGUCAAGACCAGGUACAAAACUGGGCAUUUAAGGUAAGAGUGCUGAAAUAUCCAUAGAGAUCUGUCUUGAUUUAUGUGGGUUGUACAGUAUUCACCUUAUUUUAAUAGCAUUUAAAGAGAUGCAGAAGAGGAUUUGUAUCUUAGUAGCACUGCAUUUAAUAGCAAUUCAACUCCUCAUGCUGAUUCAAUCUAACACUUUGAUAUGUCAUUUUAUUGAGUUAAAUUGUUUGUGACUGUCAAAGUUUUCAUUGUAUCCUCAGACUUAUAAAAUAUAUUUAUAUUAUGUACUGUUUAAAAGAGCAGGGUUGACUUUACAUAAAAUUGUAACAUACAUCUUCAGAUUCAUAUUUUUAUUUUUGUUUUAUUUCACAACAAUUCUUUGUAAAAAAAAUUAGGGAUAUUUGAAAGGAUGUGCAUAAAAUAAUGUGGUACAGUCUGUAUCCAGCAGAACUGUUACAUGGAAAUAUCUGCAUAACCAAACAAUUCAAUAUACGUAUAGUAACUGUAAGUCUAAAAAUAAGUCAUGCCAUCUUGUGCAAGUGCUAUUUUUAUAAUAUUUAAUGCUCAACAGAUCAGUGAAAAUAGUGUUAUUUUUUUAAUUGUUAAUGUCAUAAAUGUCUUUACAAUUUCCAUUGCCCGCAAUAUUUUAUUUAUUUGUUCCUGUGGUUUCUCUGUUUUGUUUUACAUUCAUUCAACACAAUUUAACUUUAAAUUUAGCAGAAAGAGGUGCUCAGGCAAACCCCAGCAAAAUGAUAAAUUAUGAUCACUGCAGUAUAUUCUCCUGUCAAUUUUUUUUAAACAUAAUGCAUAUGCUGGAGAUGAGUUGCAUAAAUGCACAGACAUUACUGAAUUAGUUCAGAGCUUCCCCUUUGGGUCCUCAACAUUUUGACUUAUGUUUCAAAAAAGAAAAGACAGACCAAAAAGAUAAUAAAAAAAAAAACCUAUGCAGGCAGUUCGUUUACGCUCCAGUUGGUUAUUUUACAUAAU